AGUAAAGGGACGUGGCGAUGAAGAAAAUCGCUCUAUAAAUUCCGCAGUCAACGACGCGGGAUGCAGCGGUACAACUCAAAACAAAGAGUUCCAAAGUGAAGCAGCUCAACUGCGCCAUGCAUCCAAGCAAGACAUCUCCAGCGAAUGAGAAGGACGGACGUAACAUCUCCGUGGACAUGUACCCGUUCAUACGCAAGUACAAGGACGGCAGCAUCGAGCGUUUCCUACGCAGCCCAUUCGUGCUGGCGUCGCCGGAUCAGGCCGGCAACCGUGGAGUGGCGACGAGGGAUGUCGUCAUCGACAAGGCCCCUGGCGUGUCUGUGCGCCUGUUCCUCCCGUCCCGUGCCGCCGAGACCGCAGACAGGAAUCGGCUUCCCCUCGUCAUCUACGUCCAUGGCGGCUCGUUCUGCACGGAGAGCGCUUUCGGCCGGACGUACCACCGCUACGCGACCUCCCUCGCCGCCAGCGCCGGGGCUCUCGUCGUGUCGGUGGAAUACCGUCUAGCGCCGGAAUUCCCCAUACCCGCGGCCUACGACGACGCGUGGGCCGCGCUCCAGUGGGCGGCGUCUUCGUCCGACCCGUGGGUGGCCAGCUACGCCGACUCGGGGCGCACGUUCCUGGCCGGCGACAGCGCCGGCGGCAACAUCGUUUACCACACGGCAGUCCGCGCCAGCCACGAACUCAACGACGACAUGAUGGACAUUGCGGGGCUCAUCAUGGUGCACCCUUACUUCUGGGGAGACAAGCGGCUGCCUUCGGAGCUCGCGUGGGACGUCGGUGACGGCGUCGCGGCGGUGUUCCCACCGUACGGGGUGGACCGGCUGUGGCCGUUCGUGACGGCCGGCCAGGCCGGCAACGACGACCCCCGGAUCGACCCUCCGGCCUCGGAGAUCUCAUCGCUGGCCUGCCGCCGCGUGCUCAUGGCCGUGGCCGGGAAGGACACUCUGCGCGAGCGUGGCCUCGACCUGGCGGCCAGCAUGCGUGAUCACGACGCGCCGUGGCCAUGGAUGAUGCUCCACUUGUCGACGCCGUCGCAGCGCCACAUCCGGCCACUCCUCGCCACCGACGCCGUCACAGCGCCGGUCACCACCGUGCACCAUCUUGUCGUGGUCGACGCCGUCGCAGCGCCCAUCACCACAUCGUCCUGCCACACGCAGCAGCCACCUCAUGACGUGGACGACGCCUUCGCAGCGCCGAUCACCAUGCUCUUCGCGCCGCCAUCUCCAUCUAGCGGCAUCGCACCGCAGCCGGACAUCAGCGGCAUCGCGCCGUCGCCGGCCUCCUCCUCGCGCCGUCAUCCUCCACCUCACAUGGAGACGACCGCGCCGCCGUCGCUAUCACGGACCAACCUGGCUCUGAUACCAAUUAUGCAGGGGCGCCGCGAGGUGACUGUGGUGGAGUCGGAGGGCGAGGACCACGGCUUCCACCUGUACAGUCCGCUGAGGGCCACCAGCAAGAGGCUCAUGGGGAGCAUCGUGCAGUUCAUAAACCAGCAGCCCAACUCAUCUCCUGCUAAUCGUAUGGUGCUUGGCGUGCCCACGACGCCGUUCAAGGACGUGUUUGGGUAUGGCUUGGCCAUGAAGUCCUGGGGCACAUGCUCCAGUAUGCCACGUAACGGUGCUACUUCCAUGAAAAUUGGAAGGGUUGGGCAAUCCAACAAAAUCUCAGUUCGACUGCCGAUGCCUGCUGCGGUUCCGUGGACUCGUAUGAUCAACAACUUUUUCUAG